CUUGGCUUAGGAGCUCAGAGGCCCUCACCUGGCCUUCCAGUCAUGGCCAGUACCAGGACAUCCCUCCUCCUGUUGAUGGGCCUGGCUUCUUCUCUCUGCUUCAAUUUGGACACGGACCAGCCAACAAUCUUCUCCAAGGACAGUGCCGGGUUUGGACACAGCGUGGUCCAAUAUGCCAACUCAAGGGUAGUGGUCGGAGCCCCCAAGGAGAUAAAGGCUGCCAACCAAACAGGGGGCCUCUACCAGUGUGACUACAGCUCGGGCACCUGCAACCCUGUCGCCCUGCAGGUGCCCCCAGAGGCUGUGAACAUGUCCCUGGGCCUGUCUCUGGCGGCUGCCACCACACCCCCUCAGUUGCUGGCCUGCGGCCCCACGGUGCACCAUGCCUGCAGCGAGAACAUGCACUUGACAGGUUUCUGCUUCCAGUUCAGCUAUCCCUCCUGGCAAGCCCAGAGGGUUCCUUCUGCCCUGCAGGAGUGCCCGAAGCGGGAGCAGGACAUCGUGUUCCUGAUCGACGGCUCAGGCAGCAUCGAGCCCAGAGACUUUCAAAAGAUGAAGAACUUUGUGACGACUAUGCUGAGACAGUUCCCCAGACCUAAGACCCAGUUCUCUCUUAUGCAGUUCUCCAACCAGUUCGAGGAGCACUUCACCUUCAGGAAAUUCAUGGCCAGCCCAGACCCGCUACGCCUGAUGGAUUCAGUCAGACAGCUAGGCGGGACCACUCAUACCGCCUCGGCCAUCCGGAGAGUCACGAACAGGCUGUUCAGUGCUUCAGUGGGGGCCCGGAAGGAUGCCUCCAAGAUCCUCAUAGUCAUCACUGACGGGGAGAAAUUUAAAGAUCCCCUGGAUUACCCUCAGGUGAUCCCCAGAGCCGAGGAGCUGGGCAUCAUCCGCUACGCCGUUGGGGUGGGCGAGGCUUUUCAGAACAGAAGGUCCCGCAGAGAACUAGAAGCCAUUGCAUCGAAGCCCUCCAGUGAACACAUAUUUCAAGUGGAUAAUUUUGAUGCUUUGAGAGACAUUCAAAACCAGCUGCAAGAGAAGAUCUUUGCCAUUGAGGGAACGCAGACCACGAGCAGUAGCUCCUUCGAAUUGGAGAUGUCCCAGGAGGGCUUCAGCGCCGUGUUCAUGUCUGAUGGACCCGUUCUGGGGGCCGUGGGGAGCUUCAGCUGGUCUGGAGGUGCCUUCCUCUACUCCAAGGGCAUGAGUCCCACCUUCAUCAACAUGUCUCAGGAGAACGUGGACAUGAGGGACUCUUACCUGGGUUACUCCACUGAGCUGGUCCUUUGGAAGGGGGUACAGAGCCUGCUCCUGGGGGCCCCCCGCCAUCAGCACACCGGGAAGGUCGUCCUCUUCACCCAAGCGUCAGGGCGAUGGAGGCCAGAGGCCAACGUCGCAGGGACACAGAUCGGCUCCUACUUCGGGGCCUCCCUGUGCUCUGUGGACGUGGAUGCAGAUGGAAGCACAGACCUGGUCCUCGUCGGGGCCCCCCAUUACUAUGAGCAGACGCGGGGAGGCCAGGUGUCCGUGUGCCCCAUACCCCCGGGGAGGACCAGCUGGCAGUGUGUGGCUGUCCUCCGUGGGGAGCAGGGCCACCCCUGGGCGCGCUUUGGGGCAGCCCUGACGGUGCUGGGGGAUGUGAAUGGGGACCAGCUGACGGAUGUGGCCAUCGGGGCUCCGGGAGAGCAGGAGAACCGGGGCGCUGUCUACCUGUUUCAUGGAACCUCAGAACAGGGCAUCAGCACCUCCCACAGCCAGCGGAUCGCAGGCUCCCAGUUCCCUCUCAGGCUCCAGUACUUUGGGCAGUCGCUGAGCGGGGGCCAGGACCUCACCAUGGACGGGCUGGUGGACCUGGCCGUGGGGGCCCAGGGGCACGCGCUGCUGCUCAGGACCAGGCCUGUGCUCAGGAUGCAGGUGCGCAUGCAUUUCACGCCUUCAGAGGUCUCCAGGGCUGUGUUCGAAUGUCAAGAGCCGGCAGCCCGCGACCGGGAACUAAGUGGCGCCACCAUCUGCCUGCGAAUUUAUAAAAUCUCCAAGCAUCGGUGGGGUGACCUCCAGAGUUCUGUGACCCUUGUCCUGACCCUCGACCCCGGCCGCCUGAGUCCCCGUGCAGUCUUUGAACAGACAAAGACCCGGAAUCUGACCCUCGUCCGGAGCCUGGGACUGAGCGAGCAUUGUGAGGCUGUGAAGUUGCUGCUUCCGACCUGUGUGGAAGACGCAGUGAGCCCCAUCAUCUUGCGUCUCAACUUUUCCCUGGUGGGCAAGCCCAUUCCUUCCUCCGGGAACCUCCGGCCAAUGCUCGCUGCGGGCGAGCAGAGAUACUUCAUGGCCUCCCUCCCCUUUGAGAAGAACUGUGGGGCUGACCAUGUGUGCCAGGAUGACCUUGGCAUCUCCUUUGACUUCCCAGGCUUGGACAACCUAUUGGUGGGAAGCAACCUGGACCUAAACAUGAGUGUAAGAGUGUGGAAUGAUGGCGAGGACUCAUAUGGAACCACAGCCACCUUCACCUACCCAGCAGGGCUGUCUUAUCGGCGCGUGACAUGGGACCAGGUCCAGCUGCAGUCGCGCUCCCUGCGCCUGACAUGUGACAGCACCCCAGCUGGGAGCCAGGACGCCUGGCUCACCCGCUGCAGCCUCAACCACAUCAUCUUCCGUGAGGGCGCCCAGAUUACCUUCACAGUCACCUUUGACGUCUCCCCUAAAGCCACGCUGGGAGACCACCUUCUGCUGACCGCAAAUGUGAGCAGUGAAAAUAACAGCCCCCAGACCAGCAAGACCACCUUCCAGAAGGCGCUUCCGGUGAAGUAUGCUGUCUCCACUGUCAUCAACAGCCAUGAACACUCCACCAAGUAUCUCAACUUCUCGGCCUCAGAGGAGGAGAAAAGCAGCAUAGUCCAGCACAGAUACGAGGUGAAAAAUCUGGGACACAGGGACCUACCCAUCAGCGUGAACUUCUGGGCGCCUGUGGAGCUGAACCGCGUGGCCGUGUGGACUGGCAUGGAAGUCGUGCACGCCCAGAAUCCGUCCAUUCAGUGCUCUUCGGAGAGAGCAGCGCCCGCGGUGGCUGACUUCCGGAGCCACAUGCAGAAGAAUCCCGUGCUGGACUGCUCCGUCGCUGACUGCCUGAGGUUCCGCUGUGAUGUCCCCUCCUUUGGCGUCCAGGAGGAGCUUGACUUCAUCCUGAAGGGCAACCUCAGCUUUGGCUGGGUCAGCCAGACUCAGCAGAAGAAGUUUCAGCUUGUGAGUAGGGCUGAAAUCCUGUUCAACGGGUCCACGUAUUCCCAGUUCCCAGGACAGGAGGCAUUUCUGAGAGCCCAGGUGGAGAUGGUGCUGGAAGAGUAUGUGAUCUACAACCCCAUCCCCCUUGUCGUGGGCAGCUCUGUGGGAGGACUGCUGCUGCUGGCUGUCAUCACAGCCGUGCUCUACAAGGUUGGCUUCUUCAAACGUCAGUACAAGGAUAUGAUGGAGGAAGCAAAUGGACAAACUCUCCCAGAAACUGAACAAGCCCAAUAAGAAACUACCUCCUAUUCUCCUUCAGUUCUGCUGUCCCCUCCCCAUUUUUUUAAAGAUUUAUUUAUUUAUGCAUACAAUAACUGGGGUAUAGGCCAGAGGUGGGGAGGGUGAGAGGAUUCACUGGAGACAGAGUGGGGAACAGAACAGGCAGAUUGAUCAAAGUACACCGCUGAGGGGAGCAGCGGGCGAGACAGGAGAGGUCUGUGACUGUAUUGGGAAAUAUGUCAAAGGUUUAAAAUGAAAGGUUUUUGAGGAUAUGAGUUCUGAAUGCUGCCUCUCAUGGUGUUCCCUAACUGUGGUGGACAUUAGUAGAGGAAGGUGUAAAUUCUGGGGUGAGUGACUGUGAAUCAAAAAAUUAACACCUAUCUAGAAAGCGUUAUACCAUCUGAAAGUUAUUGGGUCAGCUAUGUAUUCACACCUAGGCUGUUGUCCACUAUAAA